CACUGAGCAGUCAGGAAGUGUUUUGGUGUCUUGGACUGACUACUUUUGUAUCAGAAAUCUACACCGAGUUGCAGCAGGACAAAAACAGGACUAAGACUAGAACAGCAAUGCUGGACUACCGUGCAUGUCGUGUUUUCAUCUUUAAAGCGCUAAUGUUUGUGAUUUUUAAGGGUGUGUAUGUUGCUUUGGCUGACACAGUGAUGGUGCUCAAAGUUGGGAGCUCCUUGGAUCUUCCUUUUAAUAACCCAAUAGAAUCAGGGUUAACAGUUCAGUGGAAGUUCAAUAGAAACACUUUUUUUGAAUACAGAACAGACCAAAAUUUCACAUUUCUAGAAUCCCAGUUCAGUGGAAGAUUAAAGGAGAACUAUAAUCCAUUUGGAGUCACUGUACAAGAUCUUCAGCUCCAAGACACUGGGACAUUCUCAGUGGUUGCAAAAAGCAUUAGCAGACAGUAUACAACUCAAAUAUUUAAAGUUUAUGUUCAAAGUCCCAUAACCUCUGUACAGAUUGAGAAGUCACAAACAUGGCCGGUGUCCACAAACAGCUGUAAUGUUGAUGUGAAGUGUGCAGCGCUCGGAGCUGAAAAUGUCUCCUACCAAUGGAGUGGUUAUAAAACAGCGCGUGGAGCUCAGCUGCAGUUGAGUCUCUCACCAGCAGAAGGAGCUGUUACACUGAACUGCACUGCAUCUAACAACGUCAGCUCAAGUUCUGCCUCAGAGACACUGAGCUGUGAACAGACCAGAACAAGUACCAUACCAUUGUACAUCUGGAUUACCACAGCAGGAGGAGGUCUUCUUUUACUUUUUGCUGUUAUUGCUGCACUGAUUUAUUGUUGGAAAUCUCGUAAAAAUAUCAUUCCCCAUGAAGGUGGUAAUACAGUGUAUGCAGAUGUUGAUGUCAACGCAGGACACUCGGGGCAGAAGAAUAAGCGCUCUGACAGUGUUGUAAAUGGAAUGACAGUUUAUGAAACUGUGGAUGAUCUCAGAACAGACCCAGAAAUGACCAUUUAUGCAAAAGUAACACUUCCACAACAAACAAAUGUCAGUGCCACUUCCUCUCCCUACCAGAAAGUCCUCUGAACCAUUAAGACAUUAAGCAACUUUAAUUAUUUAAUUGUUCCUUGAUUUUUUUUUUCUUUUAGUAUAUUUUAUGUUCAUUAUAUGUUAUUGUAUAUGUCCAUGUAACCUACUGACUAUUAUUUUUUACAGUUAUUUAGUUAUAAGCAAUGUAGAUAAUAAUAAUAAAAAUGAUAGAAUUCUGCAUAUUUGUAAAACCCUCAAAUGUUAAUAAAGUCUGAAGUUAUAUUUAGAA